UAGGUCUGCUGCUGCCAAGUUUUUGACUCCAGCUGUGCCAGGUUCCUGCAGUUACAAGCUUUCUCUUCGGCCUGGCCGCAGCGGGAGGAGGCGGCUGGCGGGUUGUUUUUAAUGACUGUGCACCUAGUAAUGAUUAAUCCCUGGGCUGCCAUUUUAAGAUGAACAAAGAGGGGAGGAAAACAGAGGGGAUCCAGGUAGCUGCUUUUAAAGGAAACCCAGCCAACCCCCUUCUCAAGGCAGUGGCUCCAGGAAUGGAGCCCUGAGCCAGGGGCCCAUCUCCAGACAGCACCAGGCUGAUUAACGGCACAUUUACCAAUAAUACUACGCGCCAGAGACCAGCACAGCUGGCACCAGAGAUAGCUGCAAACCAAGGUGUUUCUAAGGCUGUGGUCUCCUGGCGCCUGCCCUGCGUUGGAUCCUUCCUCCGCCAUGUACAGCCAGAAGCCCUACACCAGCCCGCCCACCGGCUACGGCCCCCCCGGCGACGGCUACGGCUACGACAUCCACUCGCCCCCCCAAGGCUCCUUCUACGUUGAGGACGUGCCGCAGUAUUUUUACAAGUGGAACUCUCCGCCCGGCGUGGUGAGGAUCCUGGCGGCCCUGGUCGUCCUGCUCUGCGUCACCAUCUUCGCCUGCGUAGCCUCCACGCUGGCCUGGGAAUAUAACUACGGCUACGGGGGGAUGUACGGGAGCGGGCUAGGGAGCUACUACGGGUCUGGCUAUUAUGGUGGAGGGAUGGGCUACGGGGGCUACGGGGGCUAUGGCGGAUACGGCGGCUAUGGAGGCUACUAUGGCGGGAUGACCAACCCGCGGGCAGCCAGCGGCUUCAUGAUCGCCAUGUCGGUCUUGUGCUUCAUCGCGCUGCUGGGGUUCUUCGUGGCCAGCGUCACCAAGUCCAGCAGCGCCCGCUCCCGCAGGUUUUACCUGGCGGUCAUUGUGGUGUGCGCCAUCCUGGCCUUCGUCAUGCUCAUCGCCUCCAUCGUCUACAUCAUGGGCGUCAACCCCCGGGCGCAAAUGACCGGCAGCUACUACUACAGCCCCAUGCUGACCAUGUGCAACCAGAUGUACUCCUCCGGUGGAGCCUACAUGAACCAGUACCUCUACCAUUACUGCACCGUGGACCCGCAGGAGGCCAUCGCCAUUGUCUGUGGGUUCUUCAUUGUCAUUCUUCUCUGCGUGAUUUGCUUCUUUGCUCACAAGACGCGCCACAAGAUCUGGAAGUUUGGGAAGCCCAAUAUUUACUGGGACAAGCCACUCGCCUUCCAGGAGGGCCCCAACGUGGAGGAGUGGGUGAGUCUAGGAUGGCGCAGGCUGCGGGUGGAGCAGAUGAGUGAUAGGGACUUUGAGCGUGAGCGUCUGAUGCCGAAAAGCCUAAUGCAGAGUGACAAGCCCUCCAGGGCGCUGCUAGGCCAGGGCAUAUGGCAGUUGGCAUCCCCUCCGCUGUAUGGCGUGACGCAGAAAAGCAGCCGUCUCCGCAUCAGGGAUCUGAACAGCACCAACAAACCCAGUCGUGGGGAAAUUAACACAGUCGCUGGAGGAAAAGACUCGUCCGUAGCAGGCGCCUCCUUUGUUCUGCUGAGCCCCGUGUCCACAUAUCCCCCCCCCAGCUCUCCUGCCCGUGUGGUCAGCGAGCCGCCCGCCAGGACCUUCAGCACCAGCACGCUGGAGGAGAGGGGGAGGGAGAGCUCCAGCAGGCCCGCCGCCCGGCGUGGGAGGAGAAGGAGGCGCAACCCCGCGCUGGACGAGUCCCAGUACGAGACGGACUACACCACAGCCAUGGAGUCCAGCGACGAGCAGGACAAGGACGAGUGGGGCAGCGCGUACCCCCCCAUCACCUCGGACGGCAUUCGCCAGGAAUACAAGCAGGAGUUCGACGCCGACCUCAAGCACUACAAGCAGCUGUGCGCCGAGAUGGACGACAUCAACGACCAGCUGAACCAGCUCAGCAAGCAGCUGGACGGCUUGUCGGAGGACAGCCCGCAGUACCAGGGAGUCGCCGAGGAAUACAACCGGCUGAAAGAUUUAAAACGGACUCCUGAUUAUCAGACAAAGAAAAUGGAGAGCAAAGCUCUGCGGAACAAGCUGUUCCACAUCAAACGCAUGGUGAGCGACUACGAUAAGAUGAGAGGGUAGUGCGGAAAGCGGAAUCCUUUGGAGGGGGAAGAAAUUCUGCGUGUGGUCAGCUGACUUCCCUCCACGAAGCGCUGCAGGAAUGCCGAACACCUGGACGAAAACCAGAUUUCUUUUUGUUUUGUACAUUCGUUUCCAAAGCAGAAUCUCUCUAUCUUUGUGCCAUUUCCAAACCGAAACCCGACAGGUCUCGGCGAGCGGGGCAAGAGGGCGAUUUUUAGAACAGAAAUGAAACUCCAAGGAAGUUUGCGCUCUGGUUUGAUGCCGGUGGGCCCGUAUCCUACAAUGACCUAAGCAGAAAUCCUGGCCCCAUUGAAAUCAGUGACUUCAGUGGGGCUAGGAGAUCACCCUUGGUGCUUAAGUUUAUGCUGCGAGUCAUUAAUUCAAUAGAACUGAGCAUUAAGCAUGCGCCCGCAGUUGCUGCAGCCUCCGUUUGUACGUGUGCAGAUGUAAAUUUGUAAAUACGUGGGUGUGUAUAUAAAUUAGCCUCCUGUUUUAUAUGAUCAAAGGGUGAAUCUCUCUGUAGCAUGCUCCCAUGCUGGUCCCCAUCCUGCAAGCCCUUACUCGCCCACGUAGUCCCAGUGAGCUCAGAGGGACAUCCCUUGGGAGCGAGGACCCUCGGUGGGUGAAAUUCACCCUGGGCAGAGGGGUUUGUACAAGGCCUGCGCACCACUGACACCCCCUGAGCACGGUAGGGGGAAUGCGGCUCCAUUGACCUCGGUGGGGAUCGUGCCGUUGACUUCAGCAGAGCCUGGAUUUCACUCCAUGAUGGGGACUUUGUGCUGCAUAAGCCUGAUGCUGGAUCCCUGCCCAGGAAAGGUUUGCAGGAUUGGGCCCAUGCGCUCUGGAAAGGACUCCUGCUCCCUCUUAGAUUCCUGUCGUCCUUCCCCUCCAGCCGUCCCAAUGUGAUUCAAAGCCAGGAGCAUGGGAGCCCGGCGGCUGGAG